AUGCAUCAGACGAACCCAUAUAAAGGGCAUAGCUUCCGGUCUAUUGCGGCCCAGCUCACAUUUGGCUUGUUCGUUUUCCCGUUGGCUUUUUCCUACCCAUUUGGUGGCCUCGAGACUCGUGCUUCAAGCAUUCAAGAUUGCUUGACUCAACAUUCCGUUCCAUAUCAAGAUAGCUCUUCAUCUUCCUGGGCUACAACCAUUUCUCCUUAUAAUCUUCGCUUACCAUAUACCCCGGCCGUUGUCACUUUACCUACCACCUCACAACAUGUUAGUGAUGCGAUCACUUGUGCGGCAGCCUCCGGACUCAAAGUCCAGGCUAAAUCUGGUGGGCAUUCAUAUGCCAGCUAUUCAACCGGUGGAAAAGAUGGGAGUCUGAUUGUCAGCCUCCAAAACUUCAAUUCCAUCAAUGUCAACACCCGAACCAACAUUGCUACUGUUGGAGGAGGUGUAAGGUUAGGAAACCUCGCCCUGGGACUCUACAGCCAAGGCAAACGAGCUGUUCCUCACGGGACAUGUCCAGGAGUUGGGAUAGGAGGACAUUUCACCCAUGGAGGCUACGGAUACGCAUCUAGACUUUGGGGUCUAGCCCUUGAUACUAUAGUUGGACUCGAUGUUGUUCUUGCCAAUGGAACGCAAAUUCACACAACGGCCACAGCAUAUCCCGAUAUUUUCUACGCCAUGAGAGGAGCUGGUGAUUCUUUUGGCAUCAUUACAACCUUCUACCUACAAACUUUUGCAGCUCCAUCUUCCGUUCUUACUUUCGCAGCCAGUAUCCCCGCAACGCUCAACAGUGUCAGCACCGCCGUCUCAUCCUUCACCAAACUUCAGAAAUUUACUCUCGACUCCGCCCAAAUCAAUAACAAUAUCACACUUGGUAUCUACACCGACAACUACGGAUCUUUCAGUCUAAGUGGAUGGUGCAUGAGCUGCGAUCUAAAUCAUUUCAAGAGCGUCACUUUCCCUGCGAUUUUGUCCGCCUUUCCUACCGCUGACUCAAGCAGCGUUGAAUCUCUAGGAUGGACAGAUGCUUUAGUCAGUGCGAACAAUGGAGGUCAGCUCCAGGAACCAUUGACGGGAUAUGUUGCUCACGAUACAUUUUAUGCGAAAUCUGUGGUGACGAGGAAUUCAGAGCCAUUGACUACUGCUCAGUUGACGAGUUACUUCACAUACCUCUUGAAUCAAGGAAGAAGUGCGCCCGCUCCUUGGUAUUCUAUUAUCGAUUUAUACGGAGGUGUUGGUAGUCAGAUCAAUGUGCCUUCUUCUGAUUCAUCGGCUUAUUCUGACCGUGACGCCCAUUGGGUUUUCCAGAAUUACGGCUUCACUUCUAACUCACUUCCACCAUAUGACGAUGCCAUAACGCCCUUCGUCGACUCUCUCAACAGCGCUCUUUCAGCUGGUGCCUCCAAUGACUUUGGCACCUACCUCAACUAUGUGGACCCAGCACUAAGUGCAACCGAUUUCGCAAUGCUCGGAUAUGGACAGACUGCAUACAACAAAUUAUUGACAAUCAAACAAACCGUCGACCCCAACGAAGUGUUUUGGAAUCCACAAAGCAUCGGCGCUGCAGAUAAUGAUACUGGAAAUGGCAAUAGCGGAACAACAACUUCAGCUACGCCCACAUCAGCACCAACAUCUACCUCUACCUCUACAACGUCAAAGGCUACGCCAACAUCGACAUUGAAGGUUUCAACCGAUGCGUCGUGUGGUAAUGGUUUGGAUGGUGUGGGAGUGCGUCUUCGUAUUGUGGGACGGGGUGUCAAAGUGGAUUUGGGACUUGCUCGUGAGGUGAGGGAAAAAUGGUUUUGUGGAGUUUGA